GUUAUCAUCCAACCAUGCCCCAUCUCCAUUCCAUCCCAAUUCCAUACUGAGUUUAGACGCUUUCUCGACAGUCUCCACUACCGCUACUUUCAGCAGCAACAAAAACAUUGAAGCUGCAAAACCGCACAGAUAUCAAAGUCAGGGCUGUUUUGGCUUCUUUCUCCAAAGAAUCUGGCGGCACCAACGAAGUAGAGUCUCUCUCAACAACCUCAAACACCUUUUUCUAUAUGUUUUGUGCAUAAAUGGCAUCAUCUCUUCUCUCCAGAACUCUCUUGGGUCACCGCUUGAGUCAAUUCUCAUCCUCUCUCACACACAAACCCCUGAUUUUCUCUUCUCUUUUCAAUAAGAGACAGCUUUGUGUACAGGCUGAGCCUACCUAUACACCAUAUAAAACAUCUGGUCGGCCUUAUCGUUUUAUGGCCUCCUCAGCAAUUGACAGAAGAACUAAUUUUUCGAUGCAAUCUCUAUCCACGAAUGAUCCGGUCGUUUCUGUUGAUUGGCUCCAUGCUAAUCUAAGGGAGCCUGAUAUGAAGGUGUUUGAAUUUAUAUAUGGACCAGGAACCCUUUCAAAGCAUAUGCUUAGUCAUUCUUGUUACUUUUUGGAGUUUGAAGUAAUGGUUGUCAUGUAUGACAUCAUGGUGCUGGAUGCAUCCUGGUACAUGCCAGACGAGCAGAGGAAUCCUAUUCAAGAGUAUCAGGUUGCUCACAUUCCUGGUGCUCUUUUCUUUGAUGUUGAUGGAAUAGCGGAUCGAACUACAAAGUUGCCACAUAUGCUGCCAUCUGAGGAAGCCUUUGCUGCUGCGGUGUCUGCUCUUGGCAUCCAGAAUAAUGAUGGACUGGUUGUUUACGAUGGGAAGGGAAUUUUUAGUGCAGCACGUGUCUGGUGGAUGUUCCGAGUCUUUGGGCAUGACCGAGUAUGGGUGUUAGAUGGAGGCCUCCCAAGGUGGCGUGCAUCGGGAUAUGAUGUUGAAUCUAGUGCUUCUAGUGAUGCUAUUUUGAAAGCCAGUGCUGCCAGUGAGGCUAUAGAGAAAGUCUAUCAGGGACAAACAGCUGGACCAGUCACAUUUCAGACAAAAUUUCAGCCACAUCUUGUCUGGACACUCGAUCAGGUUAGAAGAAACAUUGAGGAAAAAACUCACCAGCAUAUAGAUGCCCGCUCUAAGCCCCGAUUUGAUGGUGCUGCACCAGAACCUCGCAAGGGAAUAAGAAGUGGCCAUGUCCCUGGCAGCAAAUGUAUUCCUUUUCCCCAUAUGUUGGAUGCUUCACAGACACUUUUACCCGCUGAUGAGCUUGAGAAAAGAUUUCAGGAAGAAGGCAUCUCAUUGGAAGGCCCUGUUGUUACUUCUUGUGGCACUGGUGUAACUGCUUGUGUUCUGGCAUUGGUACUUUCCCUUGCUAUGUGCUCCUGGUCCAUCUCUACCUUUAUGUUUAACAUUUAUCCAUAUUCCCCUUAAACCUCAGGAGGGGGAAAAAUAAUGGCCUCCAUCGACUUGGGAAGUCUGAUGUUGCUGUGUAUGAUGGAUCUUGGACCGAAUGGGGUGCACAAUCAGACACACCUGUUGACACUUCACUGUAAAUCUUAAUGCCACCUGGUCAAAAUGUUCAGAGCAAAACAGCUUGAGAUCGGCAAGUUCAGUACUCAGAUUGCGAAGAAAAGGGGUCGAAUCUAUAACAGUUGAAUAUAAUUCAUCAUUUUUCAUUUCCAGUUUGCACCUGUAUGGUAACCUCAGAUCCACACCUGGUUUGAAAACAGAAAUGUUGAAUUCUAAGAUGUCUAUGAAAAAUGUUGUUUGCUGUUCACAUGAGCUGACAACAUAGGAUUCUGCUGCUUGCAAUCCCAUUUUUAGGGCAGCAGAUGACUCAUAGGAGCUUAAGGGGUGAUGACCAGUGUUGGAACAUUGGUAUUGGUCAAAGAUAAAUAAAUAAGCAGCAGCAGCAUAAGUUUGUUUCCUAUUGGUUGUUAA